ACAUGUUGUACUGCUGUCUUUCGAGAGAGCUCAGUAGCUGGGACAUGGUGACUGGUAAGGGUGACCGACUUCAAGACCAAAAAGUCUCAAAUAACAAGCAGCACGACGAGAAACAGAUUUUUUUACUUUUGUAAGUUAUCUACCAAACCGUGUAUCUGGAAGUUAAUUGAGCAGCUGCCCUUCUGCACAAGAAACGAGGAAAAGGCAUUCUCAUGUCGGCAAGGUUUCAUCAGAUUGGAGGAGAGCAGGUGACCUGGACACUGGUUCUCUCUGUGUUUUCUGCGGUUCUGGGCUCACUGCAGUUUGGCUACAACAUUGGAGUCAUCAAUGCUCCACAAAAGAUCAUUGAACAGUCCUAUAAUGAGACAUGGAUGAGACGCUAUGGAUCCCCCAUUCCUCAUUCAACACUGACCACCCUCUGGUCUCUUUCAGUUGCCAUCUUUUCCAUUGGUGGCAUGAUCUCAUCGUUCUGUGUGGGCAUCAUCUCUGAAUGGCUGGGCAGGAAGAGAGCCAUGCUUAUCAACAACUUGAUGGCAUUCAUAGGUGGAGCUCUGAUGGGUCUCUCCAAGCUCAGCCAUUCAUAUGAGAUGCUGAUUCUUGGUCGCUUUGUGAUUGGAGCGUACUCUGGUUUGGCUUCAGGUCUUGUCCCAAUGUAUGUAGGGGAGAUUUCUCCAACAAGGCUACGGGGAGCACUGGGAACACUGCAUCAGCUUGCCAUCGUAAUUGGCAUUCUUAUUGCUCAGGUUUUUGGCCUGGAUAGUAUACUUGGAACAGAAGAGCUAUGGCCACUUCUGCUGGGAAUGACUGUACUUCCAACUGUCCUACAGAUGACUUUCCUGCCAUUUUGUCCUGAGAGCCCUCGUUACCUCUAUAUCAUACGGGGAGAGGAGCACCAUGCUAAGAAAUGCCUCAAGCGGCUCACUGGACAGCAAGACGUUAGUGAUGAUCUAACUGAAAUGAAGGAAGAGAAGAGGAGAAUGGAUAUGGAGUGCAAGGUUUCUAUCUUGGAGCUCUUUCGUUCCCCACAGUAUCGGCAGCCCAUCAUUAUUGCCAUUGUGCUACAGCUGUCUCAGCAGCUUUCUGGAGUCAAUGCUAUCUUUUACUACUCAACAAACAUCUUUGAGAAGGCUGGAGUGGGAAGCCCAGUUUAUGCUACAAUAGGAGUGGGUGUUGUGAACACUGCCUUCACCAUAGCAUCGUUGUUCCUGGUGGAAAGAGCGGGAAGAAGGACACUACAUAUGCUGGGCUUGGCAGGGAUGUCAAUCUGUGCCAUUAUCAUGACCUUGGCACUCGCCCUGUUGGAGCAGGUCCCAUGGAUGAGCUACAUUAGCAUGCUGUCAAUAUUUGGUUUUGUGGCCUUAUUUGAGAUUGGCCCUGGACCCAUUCCUUGGUUCAUUGUAGCCGAGUUGUUCAGCCAGGGACCCCGACCAGCAGCUAUGGCAGUAGCUGGAUUUUCUAACUGGACUUCCAACUUCAUCAUCGCAAUGAGUUUCCAGUACAUAGCGGACUACUGUGGGCCAUACGUCUUCCUCAUCUUUGGUGCCUUACUACUUUUUUUCCUACUCUUCACAUACUUCCGGGUCCCCGAGACACGCGGCAAGACUUUUGAUGAAAUUUCCUCUGGCUUCCGCCUGCUCAACACAGAACAGAAACAGAGCACAGAACUGGAGUACUUGGGGGAUGGCAGCCUUUCAUAGGCACUGAAUGACAGCCACUGGAGUCCACCAGGCUUCUUCGUGUUUAUGGACUGACCAAAAGACACUGUUGCUAUGAAUAGCCAAAUUUAUUGUGUAUGGCCUCCCCUCAGGACGCCAAUCUCACCGAGGAGCAAAAGACUGUGCACCGGGGGCUGGUUUGACCACACCAUCUCACUCCCACUCUUGCCCCGCAUGCAACUCCAGCCCAGACCUGGACAAGCAACUAACCAUGAUCUUCUGCGUGUCUUUCUUUCAUCAAGAACUGUCUGCAUCCAAAGCUAUCUACAACUUUCAGGAAUGGACCGAUUUCUUCCAGGUUCCUUGUCUAAUACUCCAUACCCAGGUGGCUGGUUUGCCUUUUUUUCUCCUCAGACAAGAAGCAGGUUUGGGUUGGGGGGUUAGGAUGAAGAUGAACUUAACGCUUAGUUUUCAUUUACACAUUUCAGAGAUUCCAAACACCCACCUUUAGUAUUCAAUCUUCAAUUUAUCAAAACUGAUGAACCUCCUGUAUUAAAUUAAAUGCUUGUUUGCACAAAGGCCAUCCCAGGAUGGUCACUGUAGGCGUAGGGUUUGGUAGCAGCCAGUUACUACCUACAGGUCAGUUUAACUGCCGUUUUACUCAAAUACCUACCAAAUGUAAAUUAAAUCUUCGUCCCGUUAAAACCCAUCACCCAUAAACCAUUUAUCUAGGGCAUUUGGAGCCAAUUCACACAGACCAUGGCCAGAGCUGAAGUGCAUUACAGGAUGAACACAAAACGCAUCCCAAUUUAGCAACUGUGUGCUUUAAUUGUAAAGUCAGGUUCACGUGGACGGCUAUCGGUACUAAGGAUCUUACAAUGUCAUUUGCAAAUUUGUGAGGCUUGUGAAUAAUUUUAUAGAAUUAGCACACUCCAUAGAGCAGACCCCACCAAAGCAAAGGCUUCCAGUUGGUGUUGCACAAACAGCUGCAGCCGCCUUGCAUCUGUUGCAGGAAAAUGAGAAUCCCGAUCUCCGAGUGAAUUUCAGGUUUAUGUUUGAGCGCGAUUUCGCACUAGCGGAAUAGUAUGUUCCAGAACAACAGAUUUCAAUUACCCAACUAAACCCUAAACAGAUUGAUUCAGAUUAAUGUGCGUUCACAACAAAACAUACAAGACCUUACAAGUCGAGCACUGAACAGUCGGUGAGCCACAGACUACAAGUUAAUGUUUAUACCGUCUUUACUGAUGGUGUGGUAAAUUGUAUUGUUUAAAAUGUAUCCUUGGCAAGAUUACUUGAAAUGUCAAGUAAGCACUAAAUGUUUUCAAUUUUAAUAUUAAACCAGAAUCCUAAAGGUGUUAAGUGUUCAGAAAACUAGAGUUGUUCAGGUCGAUACUGUAAUCCUGACUGCACUGAACUCUGUAUUGUCCAGUAAUUAUACACCAAAAGAAAGCAAAAUUAUGGACAUGUAAAAAUCUGCAACCAACUGGUAACUUCCUCAUUUGGCCACAACAUUUGUACUUGGGUACGAGGCAUCUCAUUACCUUAAAGAGGAAUUAGAGAACACAUCGACAUUUGUACCGAGUACUUCAUAUGCAUACUUGGGCUUCAACACAAGAAUUAUUGCAGUUCUUUGCACCAGCCUGUUAAUAGGUGGUUGUUGCUCAGAAAUGCUGCGGUUAUUUGAAUUUGUCUCCUACCAGUGACGGUCUGCCGCCACUUCAGUUGGGCACCCUUCGUUAUCAUUUUGUGGUAACUCCAGUGUUGAAGUAAACUAUCCUUUACCAGAAAAUUAGAUGGAGAAAUGUCCACGAUUUGCACUCUUGUCAGCUGAAAGCCACAGUGUGCGACACUGAACGGAUUUUAGAAGGUUUCUCAGCUAUAUAACUAACAUGCAUGCAGACGCUUCUUGGGACAUGCCAGAAUGUCUGAUCGGAAGUUGGUUUUUCUGGCUAAUAUUUGGUGAAGGAGUUGCGCUUCUGUGCCGAUUAUGCUUUUAGGAAUGGCCAGAACAUUUUCAACAUUAACUUUUUCUGCUUCUGGAAGUGCAGCUGGGAUCAGUAUUUCUGAAAUGACAUUGAUUUUGAUCUUAUUGUAGGCACUGCUCCUUAGUGUCACCUCAAAAUGUUAACCUGUCACAUCAAGCCUGCUUUUUUGCAUGCUGGUUGUUUCAGAGCAUUGGUUAGCUCAGUAAUUGAGAUGGAUUUAGCCAACACUUCGCAGAGCAGGCAAAUCUGAACAAACAGGAUUAGCAAGGUAUCUGCAUAUCUGGCUUAAUCUGCUCCAGCAACACAAGUUUGACUAAAUCAGAGUUUUUUUGGAACAGAAUUAGACGUCAAUGCAUUCCAGGAAUGAAGCUUUCAGAAACAGACCCCCCUCAGUUAAUUGUGGGGGCCCCCAUGGCUGCAGGUUGUUCACAAUCAGUCUUUCCCACUAAUUGAUCUCAGUUAAUUAGCUUUUACUUCUACACUGCAUUCAGACAGACAAUUCUAUAGCUUUAAAUGGUUUACACUCAUUGCAAUGUCGAGUUUGCGUAUUCUAAUUUUAGCUACCCUGCUUGUUAACCACAGGGUGCUGAAAGGCUGCAACUGCUUCUGCAUCAGACCUCCCUCAUGUGAGAUUAGAGAAGACCGGAUUAAAUCAGCAGAAAACCUGGACAAUCCUCUUCAAGACCUUAAACUUUAAAAAUAAUAUCACCAUGCAAGACCAACAUUCUCAUAACUUAACCAAUUCUUUCUCCACACCAAUCUCAAAGCACUGUGACUGAACAAACAGUUUAUGCAACCAGGCAAUGGAGUUCCAUUAAAAGCUGAAGUUGUGUGGAAUGGGGGUCUGCAGGACAGACUGAGCAGCAAACCAUAGUUCGUACAACUUGGUGUACAAGUUGAAAAAGGGUGUGCUAAUAACGUUUUAGUGAAGUUUACAUUACCUUUUUACAGAGAAUCCAAGUGUAAGGAAGUAGCAAGGCUGCCCAUACAGCUAAACAACAAAAGAAUCUAAUAAUGGUACUUUUGCAAUUAAAGGAAUAACUCAAUAGAAUACACACAGUGCUAAUACCAACACGCUUGUACAAACCACCGAUCCCAGCUGAGUGAUUCAGGAAUACCUUAAGUAGUUUACUGUCCACACUUCACCAAGCAGGGAUGCUGCUGAUAGAUUCCCAAAUAAAAAGUGAAAAAAUACCACUGAUAAUCUAAAUGAUCACAUAGCGAGUCCCAACGUUACACCAAUCAGAACAGCUUUAUUUGUAUUAAUUGGAAUGCAGGGACACAAACUGCUAUGGAGAGAAAGUUAAAGCGGAGUUUGACAAAGACGGACGUGGAAUCACUGAAACCCCUUUGAGUAGACCUUGGCAUUGUGUUCACCACCCCUAAUAGUAACACACCACUUACCAUGGGCGGCACUGCACAACUGUUGCAGGUGAGCUGGAUUUUCCAGACAGUCUUUACAGGUAGAUUAGUUUAGUACCUUAACACAAAGGCUGGGACUCUUUAAAUACUUCACACAAUACAUUUUACAAUCCUAACUCUCCCAACAUUCAGCACAUGUUCCCCUUAUGACAAGUUAAGAUGCAGGACACCUUUUAUACACUUCAGAGAAGCAAAAGGCAGCAGGAUUUAUGCUAAGGGAUCAGGAACUCCAUGACCUUCCACAAGACCUGCCAAAGCACAGGAACUUUAAGCAACUAAACGGUGCAGCAAGAGGGAACGUCAUUUCAUCUGUAGUGCCUUUAUGGGUGGGGCUGGACAGCUGGAAGUGUACUGAUCAAGUUUUGUAGGAGAGCCCAAUAGAUUAUCUAACAUUUGAUUAUGGAUGCCUCUCUCUUCCAAAACACUGCAGCUUUAAGGGACCCUGUUCUUUUAACACCACUGCUACUAGUUAAGGACUUCUUGCUGUAAUGCAGUCAGAUAAUGAACUGCCACUAUGAAUCCCCAAAGGUCUCAAAACAGGACACUUGACUGCCCAGAACACCAGGGGACUUUGCCACAGGAGAGAAGCUGGCAGUACAAAAGGUAGGUGGGCAUACAGAUGCAGGUGUGGUCCAAAUUAAACCAACUGGAGAGUCGACAAGGCUCCUCAAUAAAGACAAGUGAGCAUCUAAUCCAGAGCUGAAGAAACUACCCCUGCAAACGUUUGGGAACUUCAGUAUAACAGGAACAUGGACAUCUGUGUUAUGUUUAGGACAAAGCAUGAUUUUUCUCCUCAAAUGCAUAAUUAAGUGUGAGUGUGUAUUAAAUUAAGAAUGUUUUAAAUAUUUAUACAAUAAAGUCAACUCAUUUUUGUUGCAAACAAGAUUUUCUUUAUUGCACACAAUGCCCACAAGUGCAUUCCAGAACUCCCCUCCCAAAAAAAAAAAAA